AUUGAAUGCUAUUCUCAUGGCUGUAUAAAUAUCAAUGUUUCGUCAGCUCGUGAAUGCCGAAACAAAAUUGAUUGAAAGGCCAAAGUCGGAAGGGGCGUCAGAAACGGGCACGCAAGCUAGCAAGCUUCAUUUUGUUGGCCGAAAAUUUUCUCUCGAACGCUGUUGACUUCCCUUCACUCUACAGUUGCAUCCUUUUUUCCAACGAGCAGAAGAGAGCCAGUAUACAAAUUGAAGCUCACUCCGCUGUCCUGAACUCGGAAGUCACGGAAGAGGAAAGGAGCCAGCCAUUUUCUCUAUAAACUUGGAUUACAUCUGCUACCACCUCCAGGUUGAGCCACCGACUUGCCACGAUGAUGACUCCAGAGGAACCUGGUGUCAUGGAGGAAAGUCAACCCGGAACAGAGUACUCUGCUGAUGGCGAUGUCAUGCCUGGCAAUGGCGAUGACGCUCAAGUUUCUGGAACUAUUUUAGAGGCAGCUUUUGUGGAUCCAGCCUACCAGUGGCCACCACCGGACGGCCAAGGCAAGAAUGCCAUCGAAUUAAAGGCUUCUCAAUCUCUCAUGGCCGACCUCGAAGACCCGACAAUACAGUUUGAUAAGGAAACGCAGUCAUUUGUUCCAGCGAAACCGCAAACGCCUCUUCUCCAGCCAGGCCAAAAGGGUAUCCGACACACCAAGACGGUAGUAGAAGAUCAUUCCUAUCGAGGUUUUUGGUGUUGUAAAUGGAGCGUGAAAAACCAGGUCUCGGAGAAUAUUCGAGAAGAUCCAUUCGAAGUGGAUUACAACGGAAAAUUGAUCGAGCUUAGAGAUGAGGAAGUUGCAGAACCAAGACCUAUUGCAGAGCAAGUCCACGACCCGGGUGAAAAGGUUAAAGAUGAAAAACAGCAACGACGAGAAAACCGGUACGGAAAAGUCCCAGAAGGGAUCCUCAUCUACAGAUUGAACACUUCAACCCGACGACUUGAGCUAUUAUCUCAGCCGCACACAAAUACCGACACUGAUGCAUUAGUCAGAGAACUUGUCGUUGUGGGUGCAUCGCCUAGCAAUGAUAGGUCACGACGUGGAAUGGAUCUGGUGGGCGAAGAUGGAACACGAGCCUCUCUGGUGGCUUGUGAACAACGAACUGCAAUUGCAUGGUUGGAGGUACUGGAUAUGGUCCUAGGAGGGAACAAUGCGCUGGGUGACGAGGCCACCUCGAUGACCAUGAGUAGCAAGAAAAGGGGACAGCAGGUCGAGGACCAAUACUUGAAUCUAGCAAAGUAUUCCAAUCGAUUGAUCAGAGCCGGAAAACUCGAUAAAAAGAAGUCCAAUCGAAAUGCUGGGGCUGGUUCGGCUGGAAUCUAUACAUCAAUCGAACUGCAAAACCUAAACGGUGGUGAAGAAAAGGAAGCCUUGGAGUCCGUAGCCAAGCGACGAGCCGUCAUCAAGGACUCUUGGGACUUUUAUCGAAUGAUUUGCAGCUUGCUGCGAGACAAACACAAGUAUGAUGAAGUUUUCAGACGAAUGCAGCUUGAUCCAGUAUACCCCUACUUGAACUCAAUGACUGGGCUCAACGAUCCUGGUGAUGAUCAAACUUCAGCCAGCCGCGAAAACGUGGACAAGUUAGUGACGCAAAAAGAUUUGCCGCAGUACAUUCGAAUGACAAAGCUGGAGAUGGCCAAGGACUUGUGUCGGAAGGCCGAAGAGACUAUGCCAAGCUUGGUGGAAAUCUGCAAAGCACUGGCAGGAAGUCUUGGUAUUGAAGAGGUCGGCGUGGGUCCAGUAAAGGAUCCAAGAACGGCAAUUAAAAAGGCAGACGCCAAAUACGGAGGAGAUCUCCUGAAGGUCACUGAUUACUGUCGUUCUUUGCUAGUGGUGAAAGAUUUCCCUUCCCUCUUGGCUCUCCUGGAGCUGGCGCGCGACUCGUUCGGACCACUGAUUCGUCGUGUGAAGAUGUCCAGCCUGAAAUCUGACAAGAACCCAAAGCCCGGAGGUUAUCGUGAUUGCAUCAUCAACCUCGAGCUGAAGGACCACAUUUGCGAGAUCCAAGUACACCUGUGGCCACUCUGGAGUGUCUGUGGAAUUGACGGGUUCCGCCACUACCGCCAUUGCGUGGAAUACAACACUGACUCCUUCCCAGACCCCUACGAUAGUCUCGAUGGUCUCGACCGAAAGACACGUGCCGAACUGAUUGUGAUGGCAGAAGAGGCAGUGGUGGGUACCCCUCUGGAAAACUUGGAGUGGUACCACGAAAAGCACAUACUGGACUACUUUGCCGAAGCUGGUCUCUUCCUGAAGCACGGCUUGGAUGUCUGGGCAGAGACGACUCUGAAACAGUUGAUCCGUCUUCGUACUGAGUCUCCCGAUAUUGGGCCCGACCAUCACGAAACAAUCGUCCUCUACAAGUAUCUAGCAGAAGCCCUUCGCAAGCAAGGAAAACGCGCAGAAGCAGAAGAAGCGUACAAAAAGGUCGAACAAGCAGAAUUUCGUCGCGCCGAGGAAACUGAGGAAGCGGAAAAGACUCUUUGGGACUCGGUGAUCUCUGCCCCCGCGGAGGCACUCGAGAUGAUCAUGGACCCCAACAAGAAGGAACGAGAAGAGGAAGAAAAUGUAAAGAGAGAAGUCAGAGCAUCCAAGAAACAAUGGCGCAAGAUUCGACAAGAGCGCUUCAAGUUCCUCGAUAGCAACAUGGAAGCGAUGCACGAUGAAAAGAAGGAUAAUCGAUGAGGUCGCCCUGUGUUGGCGUAGUGGAUGGCCUCCACAGUACGAAGUGUGACCUAGGAGUGUUUCGUUUUUCACAUGAUCAUAAUUGAGUAGACUAAGAUAUCGGUAUGUUCUAGCAAGAGCUAGCAAGUUGUGUAAAUGCUUGAACAUUGCACGAUAUCAUUACCAAGCCAACAGCAAGGAACUAUCGCUAGUCACAUCUACCGGUACUGGUACUUUACGAGCGCACUACAAACAUCUUGGGCUCAGCUCGUUGAAAGCGAGCACCAUAUUGCCCGAGCGAAGUUGUUACACAGUGCCAUAGCUCGCCUCUACGGUAUACCGGUAUGUACAGAACCAGAGGCAAUGUAACCGAGGGAUGUCCCUCGACCCCUUCGCGUUUAUUGAACCUGGCGGUCUUGAAGAGCACGGCAAAGCAGACUCGACUCUUGGUGCGACUGUGCAUGUGCAAGUUAUUAGUUAUUAGUACCCAGGUUAGUUGAAAGAGGAAGCAAACAAAGUAUCUUGGCGCGACUUGUAGUGUACCGUAAGGUUCAAGCUCUUUUUAGUUACAUGUAUGCAUAUGGUAGUCCUCAUCGCUCGGCACGGUAUCUUGGUGCCAUUGCCCGUGCUCGGCACGGUAUCAUGGUGCCAUUGGAUGCUCUUCAUGAUCGAAAUGCAAGAUCCCAGGCAGGCUUAGAGCCGCGGGAGUCGAGUGACGGUCGAGUCACAAGGUUCAAAGCGAUUGCGGAAAGCUGGGAGUAGAUCUAGUAGUCUAAAAUGUGAUCGCAUGCCGUAUGGAGCUCUGUUAUGUUGUGCUGGCUGCAACUGCCGUCGGCUAGCAGCUGGCUAGCAACCGGAACAACCGGAACGCCGUGGUUAGGCUGGCGCCGGUACGGGGCGAGAGCCCCAUUUGCCCACUACAUGACAAUGUAUGUACCAGUACCGGUCCCGGUCCCGGUAAAUACAUGAUCGGCCGACCUAUGCCUGGCUACAAAAGCAAGCUACCAAUAUCUGCUUGCCUAGCUGUAGGGCCGCUUUUGCACAGUUUAUUGGUACCAUCCGUACUGUACUAAUAGAUGGGUUGUUGACGCAGGAUGUCCAAAAAGAUACCGGUAGCAUGCAUGUAUCGACUAGCAGACGUUCUAGUCUAAAACUAAAUACCAGGUAGGUAGUACCAGAGAGGGAUCAUGCAUCUGAGCUCUGAGGAUCCAUGGUCCAUGGUCCAUGGAGUUCAUCGACACUCACGAAGCGGGAUGGCUACGGUACCUGAUGCCGUACCUAUCCAAGCCGGGUCCUUUCCGAGCCAAGCAGCAAUGCAGGGUCAUUGGCCCACCAGCCCACCAGUGAUGUAAAAUGGCAUUGCCCCGUGGUGCACCUGGCCACCCGGGUUCCUGACCGAGCCAAGCAAUGUUUACGAUCCGGGCCUGAGUGCUCUCAGUCCUUGGUCGCGAGUAAAAAGAGCUUGCCUGUGCGAAUUAUUUGGUUUAAUCAACCGACGCCUGGCCGGUUUUCUUUCGAACAAGGAUGUAUUCCGAAAGCAGAGAUGUAACAAAAUUGGCUUGCUGUUACAAGCGGGUGUGCGAUAUCACAGCAGACACGUUGCCGGUCAACACCAUCACUCAACCCCCAAGGCGGCGGUGGAAAUACUGGUAACCAGAACACACUUGAACGCACUUUUGAUAAACCUCCAAGACCAACGCUGGAAGCAAAGUCUUUCUUCUCACAGACAUCAUCAUCAUCAUCAGACCAAGAUCUUUCAUAAAAACAACCAAAGAACUUCUUACUCUACAC